UUUUGGCUCAUUUAAAAUUCGCCCAACUUUCGGCUUUUAGCUUUUCAGUUUUCAUCCCUGCUGGAGUUUGCUGGAGUGCUGGAUAUACCCUGUGAAAAUCAACCAAUGAGGUACGAGAACAAUAUCAUCUCGUGUCCUCACCUCACUCUUCUCCGUACUAACUAACCGUUGGACGCUGAACCCUGGGGGCAUGAUCUCGUCAAUUGUUGCUGAUAUUCUUGAAAACGACGCCGACGCCGAUUAAUUAGUCGCAAAUUCAAAAUAAUUAUGAAAUAAAACGUUAUAAGUAAUUUGCAUAAAAAGAGAACGAAAAGAUCGUCGAUUUCUACCCACAAGAUGGAGAAACCAGGUAUAGGGGAUGUGGUGAAAAUACACUAUCGCAAACUAGAAUCGUUAUCUAAGAAUAAACAAAUACCAGAACCACCAGCAGAUAAACGGACUAGAAAGCACCACGAGUAUAGUUUCCUUGUACAAAAUGUAAACACAUUCAACGACGAAGAAACGAUUUCAGCCAAUCUCAUCUUUCCUGAGUUUCCCGACGAUUAUCUCAUAACUACAAGUUAUAAAUAUUUCAGCAAGGACAACACCACAUCAAGUAUCUCCGCUCGGCUGAUUAAGCGUUACUCUCAAACACAACCGGCAUCGGUGGCAGAGAAUUCCUCGGAGAACCCAAGAGAGCAGCGUCAAGUCAAUGGCACCCUCGACAAAACACAAAAUUCACCAGCCCAAAUUGAAGAAAGCAAACAUAAUGGAAUUAAAAAACAGGAACAGUUGGAAAAUUCGUCACAGGGAUCAGGUCUAAGAAUAACGGAUAGUUUCAGUAUACCUCAUCCUGAAAAUGAUCCAAGUAUCGCUAAACUCGAUUUACCAGAAAAUGUCAGUGGGUAUGUGCGGCGGUCGGCCAUUACCUUGACAGAAAGUAAAGUCAAAUUCUACGAGUGUUUACUGAAAAACGCAAAAAACCAACUAGAAAGAAUGAAGGAGAAAGAUGCAAAGGAAGAUCCUGAAGACAGGUUGGGAAUGAUAAAAGAUAUACAAUUAAAGGAACUACAAGAGGAGUAUUUCAAAAAGAUGUCGGAUAUUUUUAAUGACGAGCCCGUCGAGCCAUACGUAUUUCGCAAUUUAUGGGAAGACAGAUAUCCAGUAUUAGACUUCACAAUGGAACAGCGUCUACCAUUACUCAUCAUGUUCGAGAAAAACACCGAGCACCAGCAAGCUUAUCGCGAGUACAUGAGGGGCACCUCAAUAUUCAAACUAUCAGAUCAGAGACAAGUUUAUGGUUCCUUGAAUAUUCCCAUGUGGGAGGCUGAUAAACCAGAUAUUGAAAAACCAACAACACUGAACGGUGCCAAGAGCGUGAUAAGAUUCGCUCUGCCAUUCAGGAAUACAGCCGUUCUAAUGUAUGCUUGUAGAGGCUCCAGCUGUCGAUUUUAUCGACCGACCCGUGAAGCUGUAGAAGAGCAUGAAACGAAAACUAAACAUUUCACUGAACCAGAAGUGUGCAUUAUACGAAAAAGAAGAUCGAAGAAGACCAAAAACGAACUAAUGGCACAUGCGAACCAACAGCAAAUAAAACGCGAAAAUCAAUACUCAUCCGACGAAUCCGUCGUCGAAGUCGAAGUAACCCAGUCAAAAGAAAUUAUCGUCAAAAAAAAUCGUCGAAGAUCGAGAAAGAAUAAAGAAACCGAAUCCAAAGUAUUCACAAAAAAACUGAAAAUGGAAGACGAGCACAAUUUAUCGUCUGACGAAUCUGUUCUCGAAGUCGAAGUUCCACGGUUAAAGAAUGGUACGAGGGGGCGAGAUUCUGGAGAAUCAAGUAAGAAAAAAUCUGCAUCAGAGAUCGUACCGGUGAAUAAAAAGGAAAUGAAAUGCGAAGAUUUAUCCGACGCUGAAUCUAUAAUCGAAGUCGGAAUCGGGCUGUCAAAUGGAAUAACGACGAACACCGUUGAUUUAGGGAACUGUGCCAUUAAUUCUACUUAAGCUGAAUAAUUUUUCCUAUUUCGAUGAUUGGCUGCCUCCUUUCCCUCUUUCUUUUUAAAUUAUUAAUCAUACGUUACAAUUUUUUGUCGUCAAUUAUGAAAACAUGAUGGUAUUAUUUUUUAUUGUUUUUUGUGUUUUAUAAUUUUUGUAUGUACAAUAAAUAAUUUAUUAUGGAAAGAA